CUGAUAAGGGAGUAUACGGACAAGAUUCUGCUGCCUGGGGGUUUGCUGGUGUGAUUAUUCACCAUGAUCUCUUUUCCCACACCAUGAUUGUUAUGAAUGACCAGGUACCAGAACCACAGAAUGUUGAUCCUUCUAUGGUUCAAAUGACCUUUCUUGAUGAUGUUGUUCCCUCUCUGUUGAAAGGAGAAGAUAUUGGCAUCUCGUCACAUCGUACUUCUCGAUCUGCUCUGAGAAGCACCGCUGUUCACGAUCUUUCUACACUGGCUGAAGCCAGUAGCCCCAGGUCAGCUAUGAAUCAACAACAGCAGCUGCAACAACAGCAACUGCAACAACAACAACAGCAUCGAAACAUUCGACUGACCAAAAGAAAAGGCUCAGAUAGUAGUGUGCCAGAUGAAGAGAAGAUGAAGGAAGAUAAGUUUGAUUACCUUGGCCGUGGAGAAAGUCUUAAAAGCAAAAAUAAACAUUUUCUUAACAAAAGAAGAAAAAUUGACGGGGAUGAAAAGAAACUAACUUUAAAGAGAUUCCGACCCGACCACAUUUUAGACAAUUCUGACAGCAGUGACUCAGAAAAUACAAAUAAAAGAAUGACAAAUCCACCUUUUCAGCACAUUCCUGAAAGUGAUGUGAGGAAUAUAAACAAUUCUAAUAUCAAUGGAGAUGAAGGAAAAUCCCAGCGUGGUGAGGGAGCAGAAGAAGCAACAGUAAAUCGUCAGUCUUCAUGGGGUCCAAUACCAGAAGAAAAGAAACGUGAAGGUUCAGACAUCCUGAAGCCAGCUAGCCUUGAGCUGCAAGAUAGGCCUCUGUUCAGCGCCUCAGAUGAAUUUCUCUUUUAUGAUCCCAAUGCCACUCAAGACGGCAAAGGAGAGAAAACCCGUCCUUUAGAAUUCUUACCGAAGGAUCAGUUUGCACCCAAAGAAGUUUCACCAAAGGGUGUUAUUGACAUUACAAAUGAAGCUGGUGCAGAUAAGGUGGCUCAGGACAACUCCACAAGAAUCUUUGGUUUUCAGCCACUUCAGAAACUGGAUACUUUUGGUAGCGAAUCCAAACUUGUAUUUCCCAAUGCACAAUAUUUAGAACCAAGGAAAAAGGAUUCUGAAACGAGCUGGGUUAGCAGCAUUGUGAACAAACCAAGUUUGUCAGCGCCCAGUGUUAUGAACCCAUUAGCUGUAAAUGAGCAUCUGAGUGCUGAAAAAGAUAAAAAUCCAUUCGGAUCUUACCGUACUUCAUUAAAUGUAGUUUCUCUAACUGAUGACAGCAAACUGCAUAAGCGAAGUCCACCCCCUGAGGGUAUGAAGUCCAAAUUCGGUUCUUUAGCCGAUGCGUCCAAACCAAAAUCCAAUCCUUUACUUGAUGCUAUUCAACCCAAACUCACUCAUUCUCCUGACUCUGUGAAAUCUAAGAACAGCUUCUCAAAUAGUGGCCAUGCCAUGGGAGAGAGAAGGAUGACAAAUAAAACCGAACAUGACUUACCAAGAUCUAGUUUUCAUCCAGUUCCGACUCGUGUCAAUGCUUUAGAAACCAAGAGUCCUCUUAUCAUCGAUAAAAAUGAGCAUUUCACAGUUUAUAGAGAUCCCGCGCUUGUUGGGCAAGAGACAGGAAAUAAUCAUGUUUCAUCCUUCUUAAACCAGCAUUCUUACCCACUUCAUUCUCCAUCCCAUAGAACUUGUCUCAAUGCCACCUCUCAUCAACCUACUUUAAGUGCCCCUCCCCCCCACCUGAUGCCUGGCUCUUCAAACCAAGCCCCUUUGCCUCCUAUCAGUACCCAUCCUUUGAACACUGCCCCUCCUCCCCACCCUCCCGUUCAUCACCCUCAUUUGCUUCCGGCAGUGUUACCUGGAGUGCCUCCAGCCCCUUUAAUGGGCGGCCACCCACGGCUAGAGGCCGCUCACGCCAGCAGCUUGAGUCACUUAGCCCUAGCACACCAGCAACAACAGCAGCAACAGCAGCAGCAGCAACAGCAGCAGCCGCAGCAACUGCCACCACAGAUGGCACAGCAGCUGCCACCGCAGAUGGCGCAGCAGCUCCCACCACAGAUGGCGCAGCAGCUGCCACCGCAGAUGGCACAGCAGCUACCACCGCAGAUGGCACAGCAGCUCGCAUCACAGCAGAUGGCCCCACAGCAGCUGGCGCCACAGCAGCUGGCGCCACAGCAGCUGGCACCACAGCAGCUGGCGCCCCAGCAGCUGGUGCCCCAGCAGAUGCCGCCACAGCAACUGCCACCGCAGCAGCCACCACCGCAGCAGCCACCACAGCCGCAAAUGCUACAGCAUCCACCACCUCAUCUCAUUGGACAAGCACAUCCGCCCACUUCCUUUAAUCAGCUCGGACUCUAUCCAAUUAUUUGGCAGUAUCCUAACGGGACCCACUCUUACCCGGGAGUCAACCUACCCUCUUCUAAGUGGGUCCACCCAGACAACCAAGUGAAUGCCGAGGGCCCCAUGCGGAGGAAUACUCCCAGUCCUUGGUUACAUCAGCCCACCCCUGUGACCUCUGCUGAUGGUCUUGGGUUACUGAGUCACAUUCCUGUCAGGCCAUCCAGUGCAGAACCGCAACGGCCCCUUAAAAUGACAACUCAUUCUAGUCCACCGUUGUCAAAAACGUUAGUAGAUCAUCACAAAGAAGAAUUGGAGAGGAAUGUUUAUAUUGACCCUCUCCGGACUGUUGUACCCACACCAGCCAAGAAUGAUUUGGAUCGAAUGGCAGCUGGAAAAGACAGUCACUUACACAGGCAUUAUGUGGAUCCAAUGAUGGCUCAGUUACAGAGGCCACCUCAGGAGAGUGGAGAGAGACUGAAUCAGUAUAAAGAGGAGCACCAAAGGGUCCUUCAGGAAAGUAUUGAUGUUGCCCCCUUCACAACCAGGAAGGCUCUCGAGGCGGAGAGAGAAAAUUAUGUCAGAAUCAACCCUUUGGCCUCUUCCAGCCCCCAUGGCCAACCUUCUAAGCAAGACAUAGAUGGGGACCGUGCUGUGUCAAACCUGUAUAAAAUGAAGCACGCUGCGCCUCAGACUUUACCACCAAGUAACUAUUUCACCACUAUAUCAAACAGUGUAGUGAAUGAACCACCACAAACAUUCCCGCCUAAAGAGAUAACCGCCCUGUACAUGGACAAACUGGGUCCUGGCACCUCUACAGUGACCAAUCCUCAAGCUCUGACUUCGUUUAUGCCGUCACUUUCAAAGCCCCCUCCUUUGAUUAAACACCAACCAGAUGGGGAAGGCCUGGGUAGCAAGAUGGCCGAGCAGCUUCCCCAGCAAAUCCCGUCGCACUCCUUGGCUGCUUUUGGAAGUGACUGUCGGAGCCCGACCCAUUUGACGGUUUCUGCCUCGAACCCCAUGCGGAGUAUGCCUGCGCUACACAGAGCACCCGUUUUUCACCCACCGAUUCAUCCCGGUCUGGACAGAAAGGAAAGCACCUAUAGCAGCCUUUCCCCUCCGACCUUGACUCCAGUUUUACCAGUAAAUGCUGGUGGAAAACUCCAAGAGCUACAGAAACCUCCAACUCUAGUGCCCGAGCCAAAAGAUGCUCAGGCAGCCUUCAAGCUCGCCCCCGACCAGAGCCUAUCUGAAAUGUGGCGGUCUCCUCAUUCCCUUGGCAGUGAGAAGUCCCUGUGGCACAUGGAGAAACCCAGCGGGAAAUCGCUGGCCCCUGCCACAGCCUCUGUCAUCGUACGUCCCUCUUCAAGCAUGAAGUAUGACGGCAUGUCAGCAAUGCAGCCAAUGCCCCGGGAGCGGGGCAGCUCCUCGACCGGCCUGAAUCCAGCAGAUCCCUGGAAGAUGGCAGAGGCCAGGGAUGCCGGGAGACUCCUCUUUCCUAGUUCGAAUUCGAGCUUUUCACACGCCCAAUACGAGAAGAGCUUCGACGCCGCUUCGCAGAGCAGCGUCUCUGGCCCCCUCCUGGUACCUAUCACCACCGGUUUUACAUGCAACGCCAAAGCGGACAUAACCCCCGUUGUCGCCACCUCCAACAGCAGCACCUCCAGCUGGGGUAGCUCAGAGUUAACCUACUCCUUAUCGACUCCGAUCUUGGCCCCCGCGUCUCUACAGUACAUUUCUUCAAGUCGCGUGGGUCAGCUAACAGCCCACUCGCAAGAACGCCGCAUCAUGCCGUCAAUCUCCACAGCCGCUAGCAAGGCCAACAGGGCAGCCCAGCUCAGCACCGCAUUUUCCAGCUCAGCAGAAUUUAUCCACUUGAAGAAACAUAAGGCUGCAUUGGCUGCGGCCCAGUUUAAAACCGGUCUUUCCUUCGAGACCGAGCCUCUUGCUGGAAGAAGCCUGGCGGGUCCGGCUCUCACUGCCCUCGAGAUCCCUGUUGGCCGCAGUAUGUUGGGGAACAAGGCGCACACCCUUAGCAGUGGGCAGAGCUCCCAGAAACAGCCCAAGUACCACACCAAGCUGAAAAAGGCCUGGCUCACCAGACAUUCAGAGGAAGACAAAAACACUAACCGGGUGGAGACUCCAGCAAGCGCCAUGUCCGAAAUGAUCAAGCCGUGCUCUGUCAAUCUCAUAGCCUCGACAUCGAGUGAGCUACAUAGCAGCAUGGAGAGUAAGGUCCUGGGAGAGAAGUCCAGAGAUGAUAAAGCUGGCAGAAGGAAGCUGAAGAGGACCUACGAGUCUGGCUCCGAGAGUGGAGAUUCAGAUGGGAGCGAGAGCAAGGCUGAGCAGAGGACCAAGCGUCAGCCCAAGCCCACCUACAAAAAGAAGCAGAACGACUUGCAGAAGAGAAAGGGUGAACUCGAGGACGAAAUGAGGCCCAACGGCCUUAUCAGCAGGAGUUCUCGGGAGAAGAGCAAGCUCAAGCUGCCGAGCAGCAGCAGCAGCGCUGGCAUCCCCCGUUCCGUAUUAAAAGACUGGCGUAAAGUCAAAAAGCUAAAGCAAACUGGGGAGUCCUUUCUGCAGGAUGACUCCUGCUAUGAAAUAGGUCCCAAUCUCCAGAAAUGCAGAGAAUGCAGACUUUUUAGGAGCAAGAAAGGGGAAGAACCUACUCACUCUCCUGUGUUCUGCAGAUUUUACUACUUCCGACGGCUGUCCUUCAGUAAAAAUGGGGUCGUCAGAAUUGAUGGCUUCUCAUCUCCUGACCAAUAUGAUGAUGAAGCUCUGAGUUUAUGGACACAUGAAAAUUAUGAUGAUGACGAACUAGACUUGGAGACUUCCAAAUAUAUCCUGAAUAUUAUUGGUGAUAAGUUUUGUCAGUUAGUAACAUCCGAAAAAAUAGCUUUGUCCUGGGUGAAAAAAGAUGCCAAAAUUGCCUGGAAAAGAGCAGUGAGAGGCGUCCGUGAGAUGUGUGAUGCAUGUGAAGCAACAUUGUUUAAUAUUCAUUGGGUCUGCCAAAAAUGUGGAUUUGUGGUCUGCUUGGAUUGUUACAAAGCAAAGGAGAGGAAGAGUACAAGAGAUAAAGAGCUGUAUGCUUGGAUGAAAUGUGUCAAGGGACAGCCUCAUGAUCACAAACACUUGAUGCCAACCCAGAUCAUCCCAGGCUCUGUUUUAACAGAUCUUCUAGAUGCGAUGCACAAUCUUAGAGAAAAAUUUGAUAAUCCAUCUCUUUGCCAUUGUACAAACAAACCGAAUAUACAAGUUGGGAGACUUCCUGCGGUGAAUGGGGUGUCUCAGGUUCUGCAGAAUGUCCUUACUCACAGUAACAAAAUUUCUCUGUGCCCACCUGAGACUCAGCAGCUGGAUUCCCCUCAAAAGUCUGAGGCUACUGGAAAUACUAGCCCUGAGAGUGAUGUAAGCACCGACAGCAAGUUAACUCCUCCCGAAUCUCAGUCCCCACUCCAUUGGUUAGCCGAUCUGGCUGAACAGAAAGCCAGAGAAGAAAAGGAAGAAAACAAAGAAUCUUCCCUUGGAAAACCUAUGAAUGAAGAACAAGAUCAAGAUAACUCUGAUUCUCCUGACGGCACAAGCUCUCUUGCUGUGUCCCAGAAUAACGAACAAGGAUCCACCUUACGAGACUUGCUGACCACAACCGCAGGCAAGCUACGCGUCGGCUCCACAGAUGCAGGCAUUGCCUUUGCUCCCGUGUAUUCCACAGCCGCCCCGAGCGCCAAAAGUGGAAGGACUGUGCCAAACAUUCUCGAUGACAUUAUUGCUUCAGUUGUAGAAAAUAAGAUCCCACCAAAUAAAGUCUCAAAUACCGAAGAAGGAAAAGAAGGAGAAGCAGAAGAAACCGGAGAAGCAGAAGAAACUGGAGAAGCAGAAGCAGCAGAAACAGCAGGAGAAGCAGGUGAAGGAGAAGCAAAACCAGAAGCAGCAGGAGAAGGAGAAGAAACAAGAGAUGCAGGAGAAGGAGAAGAAGCAGAAGCAGCAGCAGAAGGAGAAGCCACACAAGCAGCACAAGCAACACAAGCAGCACAAGCAGCAGAAACAACAGAAGCAGUAGAAGUACCAGAAGAAACGGAAGAAGCAGAAGAAGCGGAAGUAGAAGAAGUAGAAGAAGUAGAAGAAACUGAAGAAGCAGAAGGAGAAGAAGCGGAAGGAGAAGAAGUGGAAGAGGAGGGUGCUGAAGACAACCAAACAAUUGUCCUAGAUGAGGGGGAUCUGUUGUCUGAGGAUGUGCCACAUUCGUGGAUGUGUGAGAAGCAAGUCUUGUGGCUCCAAGAUCACAAGAAUAAUGAUAAUUGGAAACUUUUCAAACUAUGCUGGAAACAAGGCCAGGCUGUAGUGGUUUCUGGUAUUCACAAGAAAAUGAACAUCGGCCUGUGGAAAGCAGAGUCGAUUAGUCUUGCUUUUGGAAACCACCAUGCCGAUCUCCUGAAUUGCAAAGACAGCGUUACUUCAAAUUCCAACGUUAAGGAAUUCUGGGAUGGUUUUGAAGACAUUUCAAAACGUCAGAAAAUGAAAAAUGGAGAAACAGUUGUUUUAAAACUCAAAGACUGCCCUUCAGGAGAAGACUUCAAAGCUAUGAUGCCGGCAAGGUAUGAUGAUCUGUUUAAAAGCCUGCCGUUACCAGAAUAUUGUAAUCCUGGAGGAAAAUUCAAUUUGGCCUCCCAUUUGCCAGGAUUUUUUGUUCGUCCAGACCUAGGACCCAGGUUGUGCAGUGCAUAUGGUGUGGCUGCUGCUAAAGAUCAUGACAUUGGAACAACAAAUCUUCAUGUCGAAGUUUCUGAUGUUGUCAACAUUCUAGUUUAUGUUGGCGUAGCCAAAGGAAAUGGAGUCAUCUCAAAAUCCGGCGUCCUGAAGAAGUUUGAAGAGGAGGACCUGGAUGACAUUGUAAAGAGAAGACUCAAAGACUCCACUGAAACUCCCGGUGCUCUGUGGCACAUCUUCUCAAGCCAAGACACCGACAAGAUAAGGGAGUUUCUCCAGAAGAUUGCAAAAGAACAGGGCCUCGAAGCCCUACCCGAACAUGACCCUAUCCGUGACCAGAGCUGGUACGUGAACAAAAAACUCCGUCAGAGGCUGCUGGAGGAGUACGGAGUGAAGACGUGCACGGUCGUCCAGUUUCUUGGUGAUGCUAUUAUUCUGCCAGCAGGUGCACUGCACCAGGUGCAGAAUUUUCACAGCUGUAUUCAGGUGACUGAAGACUUUGUGUCUCCAGAACAUCUUGUACAAUCAUUUCACUUAACACAGGAACUAAGGUUGCUGAAGGAGGAAAUCAACUAUGAUGACAAACUGCAGGUCAAAAAUAUCUUAUACCAUGCAGUUAAAGAAGCAGUCAGAGCUUUGAAGACACAUGAAGAUGAAAUGGAAGAAUUGGAAGAAAAUUAAGUGCUCUUCGAUUGGAUUGGGGCUUGUGGGCUCCUAUAUGAAAAUCAGUGUGCACAUUUGUUAUAUAAGUUUCACAAACCAUCAGUGCCAAGAAAAUCUAUUAAGAGUAUUGCUUGUUAUUGGCACCAUAGUAACGUAUUUAUAGGUUCAUGUGUCCCAGUUGUUGUGUUUUAAUGUUAAGUGUAACCGUGAGUGAGUGCAGCUCUGCUGCUGUGUCUGUAUUAUAGUGUACAUGGAGUUUGUGAAGAUGUCAGAUUGAAAUGAUGUAUUUAUUUUUUUGCAAAAAAAAGACAAAAAAAAAUCCCCCCCCAAAAGUCUAUGCUAUAUUGUUGAUCAGUUGUAAAUGUGAUCCUUGUACAGUUUGCUAAAAUUAAACCGAUAUUUUUCACUACAUUUUUUGAGACAGUUAACUGUGAGAGUUAGUCCACAAACACCAGCUAUUGCCUGCACUUGGGAAAUUGCUGAUUCGCACAGCAGUCUUCAUAAUCUGAAAUUACUGCCAAAUAAGUGUAAAAUUUGUAAAGUACAAAGUAUAUAAACGUAGAUGUUAAAUACAGACCCUUCAAUGCUUUAUUGAAGUUAUUCAGUGUACAAUUAAACAUUUUCAAAAGGUGUAAUUUAUUUAAAAGUGUCUCAUUUUGGUAAAGUUUAUGUGGAACUUUUAAAGCUAAAUAUUAAACUUAAAUAUGCUAUGUAAAUAUAUACAUAUAUAUACAUUCAAUGAUGUAUUUUUUUAAAACAUUGGCUUGCUUUAUUUGUUAAAGUGCAAGUGUUACACAUGGCUUUGUACAUUGACGUAAAAAGGGGUUUUACAUUUUCCAUUAAAAUGACUUUAUCUGAUGUUGCUUUGCUAUCUGUUUCUCCAGUUUGUGCACUGGAUGGUGUUGGUAGAAGCGUUUUCUUGAAGCUAUGCGAUGUUUUCAUUUUCAUGCCUUCUCCCCUUCUCUAGUUGUUUUCUUGGAAAUAAUAGACUAAUUGCCCGUUUGUAUAGGACUAUGUGAUGAAGAAUAUAUGGUUCAUUUUGGUGUCUUUUGGGUUGUGUGUAUUUUCUUUCAAUGUGUGGGGAAACUAAAAUUGGCUGGGGGAUUUCACUUCUAAAGUAUCAAAAGUAUCUAAAGUAUCUAAAGUAUCAAAAGUAAGCGAAACAAUAAAAUAGAAGUUGAAAGCC